AUGUCGGAUAGCAAGAAGCUCACCGGUACCGGAUGGAGUGACCGUGAGUUGCUCUCCAGUCUGCUCUAUCUCGUCCACAAGAGCAAUCCUGUCUUCAAUUACAACGAGGGCUGUUACCCGGCCGGUCGCAACGCCAACGGCUUCAAGCAGAAGAUCAAUGCACUCAAGAACGUCCUCAAGCCGGAGUGGGAGGCUACGGAGACGGGAACACUUUUGUCUGAGAUUACACCCAAGAAGCCUGCAACGCCCCGCAAGCGCAAGACAAAGGCCGACGAGGACGGUGGCGACGCCGAAGUCACUCCCAAGAAAGGUCGCGGUCGCCCGAAGAAGAAGCUGCCCACUCCUGCGAUCGAGGAUGACUUGGGGGAUCAGGGCGUCAAAGAGGAGGUCAAGGACGAAGAUGAUGAUGACAUCCUCAAGGAGGCUGAGGAUAUCUGA